UGCCGACCCGCUCGGUUUGGUUGGAUUCGCGCCGGUAGUGUUGUGCCAUGCGCUAGCCCCCACCUUCUGUUAGUGUAUACAACUGUGGCAAAAAUUUGGUGCGAUCGUGAUCGGUACAGUUUGGCCAAGCGCAAAAUCGGAAGAACUGCAGAAUGUACCAGUAUUACACCGUUUGAUGGGCGGAAUUGAAAAUGGACCAACUGCGGCCUGAGAGUUCCUCCAUGGCAAUGAUUUGAACGAUGAUAAACAUUCUGUGUCCAUUUGGCACGACGUAAACUGUAAUAGCUAUAUAGUAGAAUCUACAGUUGGAAUCUCGAAAUGGACAGCGAAAGCACCAAGUACCCCGAACCGUCGGACAACCAAACCUCGACUAGAGUAUGUCCCAGUGAACUGCCAACAGUGAUUGAAUAUAUUAGUGGAUUAGACACCAUUCUGACUGUGAUCAUAGCCAUAACCAUUGUACUUAGCAUUGCAACAUUCGCCAUAUGCGGCCGGGCGGUAGCCCAGGUGCUUAAGCAAACGCCCAAACGAUUCAAAAGCAAGACUAUUAUUCUGCUGAAUAUCUAUCCGGUAGUGACAGCACUGGCGAUAGUAUCAAUCCUCAUACCCAAGUCGUACUUUAUUUGCGAUACGGUAUCGCAUAUCUAUUUUAUGAUCUGCGCCUACGUGUUUUACAGCCUAUCGAUAGAUUAUGUCGGAGGUGACGAUAGUUUCAUCAAAUCGAGCGACUCGGAAACUUUCAACACAAGAACACCACCAUGCUGUUGCUGUCUACUAUUUCUUAAACGGUCACCCGUAACAAAAAACCGUCUUCUAUUCACGAGACUUAUGAUACUACAACUACCGGUUGUGCAGACCAUAUUGUUUCUGGGACUUAAUAUCGUUUUCGUGGAAGAUAUUGGAAACUUCAAUCAAACUAUUCUGUACUUUGUACCAUUUAUCGUUGCUUCGAUCCUAAUCGGAGUAUGGGGACUAAACAUCACCAUUCGGAUGAUCGCCCAAUUUCAUACAGAGUUCCAAAUUAUGGCAAAAUAUGUAGUGCUCCAGUCAGUGCUCAUUCUCUGCAAGGUCCAGCCGCUGGUAAUCAUGGUGAUAGUGGCACAUGUCACACCCAGAUGCGAUUUCCCCCUAGUAUUACAAGUACAAAAAAAUGCCGUGUUUCAGAUGUGCCUAUGCGCGGAGAUGUUAGUACUUUCGCUGUGGGCUUUGCAGCUGUACAAAACGCCCAGCAAAAACCGACAACUGCUGGCCAAACCGGAAGCAACAUAAACGAAUAAAAACAAAAACAGAUGAAUAGCAUUCAACCAAAUUUCAUAGGUAUACUUGCUGUCGUGAUUCAAUGUGAUACAAAUAAAUAUCUUAAUGGAAAUGGUGUAA